CACGCACACAAGCGUUUAGUCAUAUCGCCAAUCGGGGAACCACUAGGAACUGCUGAAUCUGUUCAUGAGAUUAUCAUUGUACUAAGUGAUGUGAUGCGCUGCCACACCGAGGUACUGCGACGGUGCAACAUCCUUCAUCGUUCCAUCUCUGAAAGAAACAUCCUUAUUGUGCGUGACGAAGGCAAA